ACAACGAAAACAAGUUCCCAGAAAGUUGGUUUGCAGAAUGGCCACCCUGGCGCGCACUGCAAAUGUUGUUCAGUUAAGAGACAAAAACAUAUUUAUUAUAGUGUGUGACAAACGUAACGUUAAUUAUACAAACUAUUAUUAUUAUUAACCUAUUAUUUCCGACGAAAACUUUGUUACAAAAUGUCUAAGAAGAAAGAGUCCGAUUUACCGGACUUAAAAUUUUUAAGAAGAGAAUUUAAAAAAUACCAACAUAGCUGUUUAAUCUGUAACAGUCGAACUCCUCCUUUGUGUUUUAGGUUAAAUAAUGAAAGUAAUAAUAUAUCAGAACUACAAUUGAAGAUGCAAGUUGGAAAAUUACCAGUUUAUUGUUGGACAUGUGCAUGUAAUAAAAUUAAAUUACCCAUUGUUAUUAGUCUGGAAUCUGAUUCGGAGACAGAAAAAGAAAAUAGAGUUUCUGACAAUGAGACUGCUGAUAAUGGUUAUAUAGAAAAAACAUCAGCAAUCCCCACAACCAUUCAAGGAGGUCCAUCAACUGCAGCUAUACCCACAGAACUACACGUGUCAGCACCAAAUGUGAAUGAAUCUCUACAAAGCGAAUUUUUAGAAGUUGACGCUCACUCCACUCCCUUCUCUGUUAGGAAAUAUAAAAAAAAGAAUACCAGGGUUGCUACUAGACGAUCUGGAAGGGUUUCCAAAAAAACACCACCUGCAUUAUUAUAAGAGCCACCAAGAAGGAAGCAGUUGAGCAAGAAACUGGAAAAGGUAGAUUAAAGUACCAUGUAAUUAAAAAUGAUUGAAAUUUUAUAAUAAUUAUAUAUAUUAUAAUUUUGCUUUAAAAUUGAAUUUAACACUUUUAUAUCAAUAUAUGUGACACCAAAGUAUAGGAAAACACCUAAAGCCAUUAAAACGGCCAUUAUUUUACUGCUAACCAUUUAUUGCUUAACAGAAAUAAUAAGACUUACUAAAAUGUAUUUUUAUUUUAAAUUAGUAAAUUAGUUCACGAAGAUAUACUGACCUUUUUAUUGAUAUUUUUUUAUAUAUUAAUUUCAAAUUUAGAAUUACAUUUCGAUUUUCUUCUUUUUAUUUUAAGAAUUUUGUUUCUUUUUUCUAUUAAGAGACGUAUGUUUUCCAGAUGGUUUCCCCUCAUCACCAAUAAGAAUUACUCACUCAUUACCUGGUGUCACAUUUAGAGUAUUAUUUAAUUUUCAACAUGAUACUUUAAUUUAAUCUAAA